AUGUCGAAGGUGAGCAAGCGGAGUCAGAAACUGGCGCCGACCAGGGCAGAGAAGAAGGGGCGGGACCGGCUGACUGGUAAGCCAGGACUGGCAGCAGCUCCCAGCUCGAAGCACGCCUCUUCGAGAAGCGCGGCCUUCAAGGGCAAAGCGCAACUCGCUGCAAAGGCGAAAGACUCGAGUGCGGGCGAAGGCAGAGAUACAGGCUCGCGGCGGCGAGACAGAGAGGAAGCGCAAGUGGGACGCGCCGAGCGUGGACGCGCGAGAGGCGACAGCAAACAGAGGGGCGGGUCCGUGCCUCGACGAGAACGUUCUUCAACGGUGGACGCCGAAUGGGAACUAGAUGGCGCCAAGAAGGCGAAAGACAGAGCAGGUCGCGGCGGUCGGCUGCAGGAUGCGGACUGCGACAAGGGAUCGAAGAAUCGAAAGAGGCCAAAGGGCAGCGACUCCGACGAGGACUUGGGACCAGAUGAAGAAGAGCUGGUGGAGGAACUGCAGUAUGACUUCUGGCAAGAUCACUACUAUGGGAACGAACUGAACGUCGCGGACGAGACGCUAUUGGACGUGCUUGUCGACGUCAUCAAACGGCGCCACGGGCGCCAUUACUACGGGAAGUGCCUGCCGGCGUCUGUUGCAGAGUCCUCGACAGACAAGGUCAAAGACCGGCAGGCGGAAGGAGACGCGUCUCGCGCCAGUGCGGCCUCGACGUCUCCCCCCUCGGGGGGACCAACCGAGGACGACCAGGACGCGAGCCGAACCGAGGAGGAGUUGAAGGAUUUGACAAGCGAUGCACUUCUGAUCAAAAAGGCGUGGGCCUUUGUGGCUGAGGAUGCAGCGGCCGUUCGCGCCGAGGCCGGUUGUCCGGUCUCGGCUUCGCCUGCGGCGCAGAAAUCGUGUAAAAGCAAAAACAGGCUCGCGCAGCGGAGACCCCCACGGGGCGACGGCGGCCAAGGGGAAGUGCGAAGCGAAGAAAACGGGGCGAAGGGCCUGCCGACUCGGUGGCAGUGCUUCCUAGAGCGCCGACUCCAACGCCUUGAAAUCGAGCGUCUUGUUCAACAGCAAAUCGCUGCUGUGUUGGAGAGAGAUCGGCAUGCUGCGUCGAGUGGAGACGCGCCAGGAGUGGCGAGCGCACCAAGCGAACGAGAGCGAGAGGAGACAGCGGACUCGAACGUGAAAGCCGAAGGAGACGAGGCCGCGGAGGAGGAAAACUCGAGGGCGGGGGAGGAGGUGGUGGAUGAGUCGGAGUCGGCGGGUGAGACCGAACCAGACAGGGGACCGCAAAAGCGAGAUGUGGAGGAUCCCGGUCACACAAUCGGAGGGGCUGAAGGACGCGCUGACGAGUCCUCCCCCGCGCCUGCGUUGUCUGCUGUCGCCGAGACCUCUUCCCUUAACACGCCAGACGCGCGGGCGGACGAGCCUGUUGGCGAGGCACCAAAGACCGAAGCGUCGCAACCUGCGUCACCGCUGCCGAGUCGACCGAUGAGCCACGGGGAAACACCGAGAGACGACGACGAUGAAGCUUCUGAAGAGGUGCUUGCCGAGAAGCUUCUUCGCAACUUGACCAAGAGCCCCAGCGACGACGAGUCGGGUUUGUCGUCUUCGCCGUCCUCCACAUCGUCUUCAGUUUCCUCCUACUCGCCCAGUUCAUCCGACACCGAUAACGGCGCGAAUUCCGAAGAGGAAGGGUCAACGGAGGCGCCGCAGAAUGGAGACACGCCCGCAGAGGGCGGUGCGCCUCGCCCUCGAAAGCCGAAGAAGCGGUCAAGAAAGAAGGAGAGAAAGGCCCUGCCGGAGCAGGACGACGACGGGCAGGCGCUCAAGCGAAGGAAGAAAGCCAAGUGGACCAAGCCGCUGAAGAGCAAGGAGGCGCGCCUGAAAGAAAAGCAGAAGGAACGGGAAAAGGAACGGCAGAUGCUGGAGUCUGAACUGGGCACCAAGUCUGUAUCUGCAGGCAGUUACUCCCCCAUGGGUCCCCAGGGGGCCGCGAAGAUGAAGGGCCUCGACGUGCCGCGUCAGGUCGCUUUGCGUCCUCAGUGUCUGUACCAUCUCGAGAGCCUCCUGGAGCAACGGUUCUGUAAAACUUACCCCAACGGCAUGCUCCGACGAGGCACGGUGUGCUCGAACAAUCUCCGCGUCGAGGAGACUUUUGAAUUCUUCCUGCUCUGUCGCUUCCUCAACAUGUUCUCCAGUCUGCUCAACGUCACCUGGUCCUUCCAGGAGCUCGUCGACGCACUUAGCUCGCCGACCUGCCCUGAACCAGUGCUGGCGACUCCUCCAGUUGCAGCGGCUGCUGAGGGAGACUCCGCGUCCUCGGCGGCGGAAAGUGCAGGCUCGUCGCAUGCGUCAUCUGUGUUCGUCCCCGAGAUAAGCCCCGCGGGAGGCAACGCCCCGGGGGGCGAGAAGGGAGAACCUGGCGGAGUUCUGCGGCAGAUUUUGACGAAGAUUUUCGGGUUUCUUGGUAGGCGGAUGACACCAGGAAUGUCGAUUGCUCGCAUGUGUGGAAGGUACGUGGAAGAGAAACGGCGAGACGGCAUCAUUCCAGCGGGACUCCUCUGGCCCUUUGACUACCCCGUGAAGGUCUGGCAGAGCUGCGACGCCAGUGGAGGCGCAGAGAAGAAGAAAAAGGAGACCGCUGCUCCGGCCUGCGAGUCAGAGCGAUCGGACCACAGGGCACCAGCGGCCGAAGACGUAAAAUCCACCAAGGAGGGGGGACGAGCUCCCCGCAAGAACGACGACAAGAAACAGGGCUCACUGGCAGGAGGAACAGAGACUAAUGAUGUAGACGGUGUUCUGCUGGAGAGUGUCUACAACCCAUUCAAGGUGUGCGAGGACUGGCGUCGACUGAGAAGCAUUCACAAACUGCGUCUGGUUCGAGUCCUUAUCGAGCACGCCAUGAGCGAGAGCCCGCAGGUAGCGAAGGUGCUGAAAGGGCUGACUCAGGAAGAGCUUGAAGCUGGCUUCAAGGGGUCGGAUGAAGCGGGCAGGCUCUACUGGAUAGUGCCGCAGUGCGGAGAUCCAACUGUCUUCAAGCUCUAUCGGGAGGACCCUCACGCUCAACAACUGUCAAUUUUGUGUGAAGACAUCUCGUCGCUCGAGUCCAUUGCGGAAGCUCUAGGCAUGGAGGAGACAACUGCAGGCAUGAGCGUAGUGCUCUUGGAGGCUCAUCAGCAGUUCUUGAUCCAGGAGAAGCAGAGAAGUCGUGAGCUGCGCCGGCAGAAAGCGUUAAGUCGGCAGUUGGAGAUUUCCAACUGGGGCUUCGUACCCGCGAGCAGUCGUCGCGAGCGGAAAGCUGUCGACUAUAUGUUUUCUGCGUACGAAGCGUCGAUCGAGGGCAGAAGCUCAAGUUUGAGUGGUAGCGCCAGUCGCGGGCCUAGUUGUGCGGAGGCCCAGCGGCAGGACCGAAGCGAGCGCCUCAGAGCUCGCCAGGCGCGGAAGGAAGAACAAAGCGCAGUGGCGGCAGUCGAGGCGGCGAAGAAAGACGACGGUGAGCCAGAGGAAGGAGCAAUGCCUGCACCUGCAGACGAAGCGACCCUCGUCGUGGCUCCUCGUGUCGAGCGCAGUAGCCCGCCGCCAGUCGCUGAAGCGAAGCCAGCCUCAUCUCGCCCGCGGCCUUCGCGCAAGCGGCAGGCGAAGGCCUCCGCCGUCGAGGCGCCGCACCUCACUCAGGGAGGGACCACACCGCAGCUUCAGGGGUACACCCUGGCACAGCAGCAACAGAUCAUGGCGACCCUUCACCAGCAGCAACAGCACAGAUUGCUCACCCAGCAGCAACAGGCGGCAGCGCACAUGCACGGAGGAGCGGGAGCCGGCGUGGAUAUGCUGGCAGAGAGGUCGUCUCAUGCGGGUGCUGCGCCGGCCUACCGACAGGGGGCCUGGACGGUGGAGCAGGCGCAUCAGCAAGUCCAGCGACCGCCUCAGUUUUCUGCUCAAGUGACGCCUCAUCAGCAAGCUUUGGAUCUGCUCAGACAGCGGAUGGAUUUAUUGAGGCAGUCGCUGCUGCAGCGCACGGAUUUGCCAGUCGAACAGAGGCAGGCACUGUACCAGCAAGGAUGGGCACAGUUGAGCGCAGAGUUCACCAGAAUGACAGGCGCGUUGGUUCAUACGAGGGACAGGGCGCCGGCUUCGCAUGAAGCUCAGCAAGCUCCGCGAGCGCAAGAUGAGAGGACAGUUGCCGGACUGAGCCAAAGUCAGGCCUUGAGAGAACGGCGCCUUCCAGUGCAAAGUAGUCCCGAUGUUUGGGAGCAGUCGGUCCCGGUACGCCCCUCUCGCGCCCAACCCGAGCACGAACAGGCUAUCCGCUGUCGUCUAAAGGGGCAGGAAGACGCUCGAGUAUGCGCACAGGUCGAACUGCAGCGGCGGCAGGAAGCACGCGCGCGCGCAGAGGCCGAGCUCCAGCGACAACGUCUGGUCAUUCUGCAGGAGCAGCAGCACGUUCUACGUGUGCAACAGCAGCAGAUGCUCUUGCUUCGUCAACAGCGUGAGCAGCUGCAUCUUACACAGCAUCGGGUUGCACCCCCUCGAGCCGGGCCCGGCUCUACGAGUCACCCGACGUCAGAUAAGAGAGGAAUCCCCUCUAAUGGUGCAGGAACAGAAUUGAAUCUUUCACAUGAAAAGCAAAGCGCGAGGCGAACGGUCGAUCACAGUGAACUAGAGUCUCUAGCGGCAGCCGGCGAGAGGCCAUCUAUCCUUAUUGGGCAGGCAUCAGCUCGAGGACAGGGUCCUGAGUCGGAGAUAGUGGCGAGCGGCAGCUGGCAAGGCAGGCAUAUGCCUGUAGAGAUACGCGAAGCAGGCUCGACGGGACGUGCAACAAAUCAGCGAGUGUUGAUCGGGGCCGAAACAAAUUGUCUCGCUGCUGAGUACUCGAGGUCGUCUGGAGAAGCUUAUUCUGAAGGGAUGAGGCCGCAGCCAGGUCAAUGA